AUGAAGUUCUCACUCGCUGCCAUUGCUGGUUUCGCCAGCGCCGUCGCUGGUGUCGGCCUCCCGUCUGCCUUCACCCUCGUCGCUGACGGUGGCAAGACCGUCCUGACCGACGGCAAUAACCUCUGGAUCGGCGCCAACAGCACUACCCACGAGAUCGCCAUCCUCCGCAGCGGCGAGAACGGCGCCGUCUCCUUCACCUCCAAGAACGGCGUGCCGACUGCCUUCCAGAGCCUGUACGUCAUCGACAAGGAGGUCUCCCCCGUCGGCCUGACCAUCCCCCACUCCGGUGCGACCCCCAAGGGCGCCAGCACCACCGGAUUUGGCCAGACUCCCAAGGGCUACUUCUCCUGGGAGGGCAAGACCUGGUUCUCCAUUGAUGGCUACGGCGAGGCCAAGGAGAAGGAGAUCUUCUGGUACGGUGCUCACAAUGCCGAGUAUGCUUCUGUCAACCUCUGGGUUAAGGAGUGCAAGGGCUGCUAA